UAAGGCGGAACCAAACGUACGGCUCUGUCACUAAUGUCUGCCUCGCCUCCGUGGAGAAUUACUUGGACCACCCCGCUCUUGUGUGGAGUGCCACCGCCGGCUGACACAGACAUAUGCUGAAACACUGAUUAUCUGGUAAGUUUUCAUUUUGAUUUAAAUUUUUAAAAUUUAUCCUACAGGGCAGAUGUUCCAUGAGUGGACUCAUACCUGGAUGUUGAAGCCGUCAAUUGUGUGGUACCCUGAGCCGCAAUGAGAACCAUUCUGGAAUUGACCUGCCUGCUGUUGCUGUCCAUCACACCACACGCUAAAGGUCUCAGUCCGCCGGGGAAGCCCACAUUGACCAGCUGUCGCUCUCCCGAAAAAGAGACCUUCACUUGCUGGUGGCAGCCUGGUUCAGACGGAGGACUGCCUACCACGUACGCGCUUUACUACCGCAAGGAAAGCUCUGAGGUUGUGCACGAGUGCCCCGACUACUCCACUGGCGGCGAGAACUCGUGUUUCUUCAACAAGAACGACACAUCCAUCUGGGUCAACUACAUCAUCAGCGUGGUGGCUACCAACCAACUGGGCAGCGCCUUUUCUGACCCGGUGGACAUUGACGUGGUCUACAUCGUCCAGCCCAACCCUCCUGAGAACGUGUCACUGAACAUCAUGGAGGACAAAGGCUGGCCCUUCCUGCGAGUGGUGUGGGAGCCGCCCCGUCAGGCCGACACUCGCUCCGGCUGGAUCACACUCAUCUAUGAGCUUCGUAUCCGGUCCGAGGGGGAAAACGAGUGGGAGACUCACGUGGCUGGCCAGCAGAAGCUGUUCAACAUUUUUAGCCUUCGCUCCGGCACCUUGUACCUCGUUCAGGUGCGCUGCAAACCCGACCACGGCUUUUGGAGUGAAUGGAGCUCUGAGUCCCAAAUCUUUUUUCCUGACUAUUUCCCUCGAGAAAAAUCAGCCUGGAUCAUCAUCACAGCUUUUUGCACUUCCAUCUUCCUCAUUACCUGGUUGCUGCACAUGAAUAGUCGCAGCUUGAAACACUGCCUCCUGCCACCAGUCCCAGGUCCUAAAAUAAAAGGAUUUGAUCAACAGCUUCUGAAGAAAGGCACCUCUAAAGACAUUUUCAACGCGCUAGUACUGUCCAACUUUCCCCGAAUGUCAUCGUCUAAUAACGAGGACCUGUUGGUGGAGUAUCUGGAAGUGUACAUCUCAGAGGAGCGGGAGGCCAUGUUGGAAGGGAGCAAGGAGCUCGACGGGCACGCCUUCAAAUCGGAAAGCUCUACGUCGGAGAGCUCCGCGUCCGACAGCGAUUCGGGCCGGGGUAGCUGUGAUAGUCACACCUUGGUGAUAGAGAAGUGCGGCCGGCCCAAAGAGCACGAAGACGGCACGCGGGCCGAACGGGAAGACUGGGAGAAUCCGAGGGUAGACAUGAGAGAUAGGACAUGGACUUCUGUGUUUACCAGCCCCCCCAAGCGGUCUUCUCACAGCCUCUCCGACAGCCUCUCUCAGCAUCUGGGGCCCUCGCAGGUGUGCAAGCAAAUCAAAGCCCGUAGCGACGUCAACAUCGCCGCGUCCGAUCACAAACUUUCGCCCGCUCGUUGGUCCGGGGAGUACGUGGGCGUGCAGACGGUCGUGGAGGACGACGUGGUCCUCCUCCAGCCGAGGGAGAACUGCUCCCCGCCGCCCUCUUUUCAGAAGCGAGACUACAGCCGGGUGAAGCAGGUGGGCAGCGACAACAUGUUGCUGCUGCUCCAGAAAGUGUCGGAAGGAACGGCGGACGGGCACGAGGGUGGGAUGAGCUUUGGCGCCACGAGCCAGAAGAGCGCCACCAUGGCAGCAAGCGAUUAUGUCGACACGUCCGCUGGAUUUCCAUUGUCAACGUCCUGAGUGUCCUUUUGUUUAGGGGCGGGCAUUUACGUUAUUCUCGUAAUUUGGGACAGACUCCAUUUUCAUGCACUUGAGACCCAGGAUUUUUCAUACACCAAAAAAUGAGUAAGCUAACUCUUUCAAAAAACUUGAUAAACGCAAAGUGAAUAUUUGACUAAAAACAAGCCUUUACACCUGCAAAAUUUGGAUUUGUUUUUUAACAAACAGGACUUUUCACGUAGGAUUUUGACUUCUACUAAUAAUUUUGACCUCAUGUAAAACAACAAAGCCGAACAUCUUGUUGUAGGUAUUUAUAUUUGUAAGCUUGAGUAUUUGGUGUUAUUUGGGCUGGGGUGAUAUAUAUCAAAUGCAAAGCAUUGUACAAAACACAAUUUGUUUUUUUUGGCGGGUGUGGUGUAAAAGUGAUUUAAGUUUGAACUUUAAAUUGAAAUGUUAUGUCAACAAUUUUCGCUAGCACAACAAAGCAAGCAAGUUCUUCGCUUCAAAACAAUUUGCUGAGGUGUUUUACUUAUAUAUUUAAGAAAAAAAACUAAAUGUUUUUUUUUGAAUGCCCAACUGAACAUUUUAUUGGUUGGUUGCCUUUGAAAUUUAAGUUCACUCAACAUUUUUAUUUUAUUUUUUUCCAAUUUACCACAAAGUAUGUGCUGUAUGGCUGUAGUAUGGGCAGCCAACUACAGUCAAAUUUGUAUUAAUUGUUCCAAAAUACAAUUAAUCAACUCCACACAUAUGACAGAACAAUACACAAUCAAUUAAUCGGUUACGAGACCUAUUUUUCUAUCUAUGAGGUGAUUUUCCCGUUAUAAAUCUGUUUUUCAGACUGAACUAUUUUCAAGGUUGUGUCUUAUAGGUUAUUAUUGAGUGACUGUACAAUCGAACCGCCAAAACAUUUUCUUGGCUUUUUUUUGUUUUGUGAUGCGGAGAGAAAAACACGAUAAUAACCAUAGAACAAAUAUUUAUAAGUCAAUGCACAAAUGUGGUUUAUAUUGCCGCAGUAGCAAUGCAACACCUCUGACCCUCUAUAUGUGAAAUGAUGUGUCCAAAGAAGCAUACAAUUUACCUGCUAUGUCAUUUCUAUAAGGAUUUUUUUGGCUGGAAACAAAGUGGUACUAUUGUUUCGUCUGACUAUUGUUGUUGCAGUUCGAAUGAAUGCAUGAAUGAAAAACAGUAAGAAUGAAUGAAUGAAUGAGUUGACUGUGUAAAUUUGAAAACGAACACAUUAUUUUUGCUGGUGUCACUGUAAUAAUAAAUGUACCCGAUUUGGUUCUCA